UGACAUAACAUAAAUAAUAAAUGACAUCACUCAGUGAACACCAUAUAACAAACAUCUACCUUUCAUUUGCUCUUCGGGAGGUAUUGUAAUGGACCUAGAAUCCAAGGCUGUGUAGGUGUGGAUUUGUUUUUGACAUCAUGGGUUGUGGAGGCUCCAGGACAGAUGUGUUGGAGCCCAGAUAUAUGGAGAGCUGGACCAAAGAGACAGAGUCCACUUGGCUGACGAGCACGGACACAGACAUACCCCUGUCCUCCAUCCAGAGCAUCCCCUCAGAAAACUCUUCAGAGGUGGGCUUCCCAUCAGAGAAAACUGCCAACAUCGAUUUCUUUGAUGAUGGUCUGCCUGCUCCAGCUCAGGCAUAUCUGAAAGUGUGUUCUGCCAUGUCUGAGGUGGGUCUGAAUGACAUGAAACCUGGCAGCACCCCUGCAAUCCUCUCUUCUCAAGAACAGGAAGUGCUGUCUUCUUCUGGCACCACAGUGCAGAGGAGGAGCGUGUUACGAACUGAGGAAAUAACCAAAUGGCAGGACAACCGGAUGUCCACCAAGCAAGUGACCAUCACUGUGACUCAAAGUAUCCGGCAGGUGGAUAAGAGCGGGAAGAUCAAGGAAACAUCACAAACCACCUACGAGGUCAUGAAACCGGUGGACGGUUUGAUGGACGCAGUAGUUGACUCGUUGCCUCAAUGAGGUGUUUCCCAAGACCUCAUGAAGACUGUAUCUUGGGUUUCAGGAAAGAUUUGGUGAAGAUGUCAGGGACCAAAGAAGUAAAAAGCAGGGAUGACCUAAAUGAAGAAGUUCAUCAGUGCUGUGAUUAACGGGUUUCAAGGGUCAGUUAAUUGUUAGUUUCAUUAUUUAGUUCCACUUGACUGAUUUAAAGGGGUCCUAUUAUGCUUU